AAACAAAAAUAGCGGUGCUUAGCAACGGCGCCAUUAUUUGUAAACUCGCACAUGCAACUUCGACGCCUGGAAUAACGAGACAGGAUGCAUCUUACAGACGAAACUGGAGAAAAACAGGAUGUGCCACAGGAAAAAACACAGGAGGUUCCGAAGAUCAUUCAGCCCAGAGAUCAUAAAGCCAAAAUAUGUGUAUGGGCUGACUUGACAGUGGAUGAUGUGGACAGGAUCAAUGAAUCUCUCAACGCAGAUCACAUCAAGAAUGUCCUGUCUGACAUCUUUGGACUGAGUGACCAUCGGGAGAACCUCAAGUCCGGUAUCAUCAUGGACCUCUACUACUACACCCUGCAGUUUGCCCGGGAUAAUGGCUUCAGUCGGGAGAAGACAUCGGCAUUCUUCUCCAUCAUCAAGAAGACCCAUGAAGUCUGCAUUGAAACCCCAUUCGGAAACCUUGACCAGACUUUCAACUACUUCAAAGCUCUGAUACUCUGCCAUGCUGUCAAUCGCCCACCACACAGUAUCGAGCUGUUCAGUGCUGACGAGGUGAGGAAGAUCACAGAGUACACCAUCAACACCUACUUCCGCCACUUCAAGAUGUACAAGUACGCCUUCACACCCCUGGUGAGGCUGGACCUAGCAAUAAACUACAUUGGGCUCCCCAUGCCAUCACCCCCGCCAUCGGAGGCUGGUGACAAGGCAGAUGAGACGGAGGCUAAAGAAGGGGAGACAACUGAGGAGAAGGUGGAAGAAGAUGGGGCAGAAGGAGGGGCAGACAAGUCUGAAGAGAAAGAGGAGUCUGGAGCCAAGAAAGAGUUGCGGACGAUGAUCCAGACGUUCCUGUCAGAGGAGAUAAAGAAGAUGAAGAUGUCAGUGGAGGAGCAGAUUAAGUCCACCGAGGACAGCAUCAACAAGAAGAUCGAGUUGACUGACGGUGCGGCCUCACCAAAGAAGAGUCCAACCUCUCCCAAGGGAAAAAAGAAAUGAAUAAGCAGUUCGAUUUUAGAACGUAGCAUGGAAAUAUGUGUUAAAUGGAAAUUUAAUAUUUCAAUGUUUUUGUAUUUUUACAAUGAAAUAUUUUGUCAGAUAUGUAAAUCCAUAACAGUUUUGUCUCAGCAAGGCUGAAAAAUGUCAUGCCUAAUAUACAACUCAAAUUUUGAUAGGGAUAUUUUGAGUGUCCAGGCAGGGAAUCAAAUGUGAGUGAUCGCUGGGAGAAGUUGUCAUGUACAUAGCAUUCAAUAUUGCCUUAGAACCCACUCAUUUUCAGCAGCAUCAUAAGUUAGAAAAUAAUAAGUGAUUUCUAUAACUUUACCUUAAGUUGCUGUUUUAAGUUUUGUAACAGCAUGAACUAUCUCAGUAUCCCAAUCAAAAGUUGAGCAGUAUAUGCCAGGGAUAUGCAAGACUUGUAUGUUAUAGUGUUGUUUUGUUACAGUACAGUGUUAUCUCACUUUACAAGGAAGCAGAAUUCUAAAUGUGAAUCAAGAAACUUUGGAGUGAGAAUCUUUGCUGAGUGAACCAUUUAUCAUGUUAUAAAUCAGGUCAAAUGAUGCUGUGCAGAAUGUAGCGUGUCAGUUAAAAAUGUAGAGUUGUAAAUAAACUACUCUUUCUCAUUA